AUGGAGCUACCGAAGGGAGCACGGAUCACGCACACCGGGCUGCUGCAGCACACGCCCGAUGGCAAGACGGAGCUACAGAAGAUUACCCAGGCGGGGUUGGUGGCCCGCUCGCCGGAGGGCACUGCCGCCAAGGGGAUGAACAUCCGCGGCAACGAGGACCUGUGGGUUGAGAUCCAGGCCAACACAUUCAAGAACUGGGUCAACGAGCACCUGCGCGAGUCCGGACUGCAGGUGGUCGAGUUUCACGAAGACUUCUGCGACGGGACGUUCCUGUGCGCGCUGGUCGAAGGGCUUCAGAAGCGACCCCUGAAGCCGGCAUGGAACAAACGACCGGCGAACCAGCACCACUACCUGGAGAACGUCACGACGGCACUGAACGCGAUCGAGGCAGACGGCGUGAAGCUGGUCAACAUCGGCAACGUGGACAUCGUGAACGGGAACGUGAAGCUGAUCCUUGGUCUGAUCUGGUCGCUGAUCGUGCGCUACCAGAUCGGCCGCAGCAAGUUCCCGCCGCGCAAACUGAUGCUCGCCUGGCUACAGGCCGCCCUGCCCGACUGCAAGGUGUCGAACCUGACGACGGACUGGAACAGCGGAGUGCUGUUGUCCGCCCUGCUCGACUACUGCGAGCCGGGUCUGUUCCCGCACUGGCGCGGCCUAAGCCAGCACGAAUCGGUGCGGAAUUGCGAGCGAGCGAUGAACCUGGCGUACGAGCGGUUCGGCAUCCCGAAGGUCCUCGAACCGGAGUACCUGGCUUCGCGCUGGUUGGACGAGCUGUCCGGGAUGACGUACCUGUCGUACUUCAUGCGCCCCGGAGGCCCCGGCUACCGUGCCACCCUGCAGUGGGUCAACGGGCAGAUCAAACGGCCGGUGUCCAACUUCACGAGUGACUUCAACGACGGGCGGGUGUUCUGCGAGAUCAUCCGGGAUCGCGGGGGCCCCGUGCCGGAACCGGCCAAACUCAGCACGGAUCCGUCACAAUGGGAAGCCAACCAGCAGAAGGUGAUCGACGGUGGGCUGAAGCUGGGCGUGAAGCCGGUCCUGUCGGCCCGAGAUAUGGCCACCGCCGACGAGGAGCAUCUGGGCGUGAUGGCGUACACCACGUGGUUGCGGUGGGUCACCCCGAGGCCACCACUCGCCAGCCUGCUGACCGUGCAUCUCGAGAGCACCUCGGGACGGGUCGGUGAACCGAGCCACUUCCGGGUGGAGGCACUGUCCCGGGAGGUCGAUCUGUCUAAGGUGAAGGCGUUCGUCAGCAUGCCCACCACUACCACGCUGUACCCAGUCCGGUUGGGGUCGCGCGGUGAGGGAACGUUCGUGCCGGACAAGUACGGGAUGCACGAGAUCGUCCUUGAGCUUGACGACGACAAUACACUGGGUGGCCACUUCUUCCGCGUACUCCCAAGGCUUGUACACGUCGCACCGCCCGGCAUGGCCCCGUGCGCCCUCGGAAGCCUUGUGGAAGUGCUGGUCAACGCCACCGGGGCACCGAAGUCCGAGGACAUCCUCGUCACCGCCUACAGUCCUUCCGGGCGUCCGCUCAAGUGUCCGCUGAAGAAGAUCGAGGAAGGACACAGUGCCAUCUUCAAGCCGGACGAGGCCGGCGUUUGGGAAAUUGCCAUAACGUACCAGGGGCGCCACAUCCAGGGUGGGCCGUUCACGUGCGCCGUCUUCGACCCGAGCGGCGUCUCCGUGCACGGACUGGACGGUGCGAUGCCGCUGAGGGCCCAUUCCUUCGAGGUGGAUGCCCGGGGAGUCGGUGUGGCCGGGGAGUUGCACGUAGACAUCGUGCAUGAGAAGCGAUCGCUCGUCUGCUCCGUGGAGCGGCUGCAAGAGAACAAGUACCAGGUGACGUUUAUGCCGCGGGCGACCGGCAAGCAUCGGGUGUACGUGUACUUCAACGGGUACGACGUGAAGGGUUCGCCGUACAUCAUGAAGGUCGGCUCGAAGGGUCGCUCGGGCAAGACACGGGCCAGUCCGCACGGCGACGCCAGCAGGAUGCGCUCCGAGAGCCCUUCGUACCAUUUCCACGCGUCUUCGUUGAGUCGCCGGGCCGAUCCGUACUCACCGCAGGACUACGAGACCAGCGGCGGCGGCUUCCUGAAGAGCAGCAGCACCGCCAAGGAGAGCAGCUAUACGACCCGCGUCCUGGGAUCGCCCUUGCGUCACAGCCCAUCGCCGAAGCUGUUCUCCCCGAGCCUGGACCAACCAGACCACGGCGCGGCGUACCGGACGGUGCGCCGGGAUUCGGACGAGCUGAGGAGUCCCGUGGAUCCGCAGCUCAACUCGUACGUCAAGACGAUCCGCACCGAGAAUCACACGACCAAGACGAUCCGUACCGUGCUGGACGAUGGCGGACCGCCGCUGCCGUCGAUCAGUCACAUUCGGGCCAGUCCGGGUCUCAAGAGUCCCCAGACGGUGUCAGGGGCCACGUUCCAUGAGUCGCGCUCUGUCAACACGAAGCCGGUGUCGGUGCCGGUGGUGGUGGUCGAGCAGCGGAUUGCCAGCCCGAUCACGAUGCACGAGAAGGCGAACGGGACGUACAAGGUGACGGAACGCAAUUCGUCCUACCGAUCGACCGUUACGCGGGAUGUGUUGCGGGAUAGUCCGACACCUCGCCUGGAGCAACUCCGAAGUCCACAGCCGACAACCACGACCGUUGACUACUCGUCGAACAUCCGGGUGAACGGACAACCAUCCCGGCGUGACAGUUACGACGUGAUCAACAAGACGAAGCACCUGUUCUCGCAGAACUCACUCGAGUCACUGGCCAAUCUGACCGAACGGCAGCUCAACACCGACCUCACGUACGACCGGUCAACGCUCGACAACCAAACGGAGCAGAACACGCACUUCAACAAGUUUUCACUGACCGACCACCGCACUACCCCGACCACCCAGAAGCCACCGCCGGUGGCCCCGAUCGAGGACGAGGGCCUGUACCGGGCCGGGGGCUACUUGAAGAACUAUCGGACCGAGCAGUCGAGCAGCUCGGAAAAGUUCGAAAAGUACAGCACGCAGCUGAAGAGUGGCUUCGAGCCGAUCGGCCGCGGUGACGUAAGCGGGGCGCGGGCGAUCCGCGUACAGGACAUCCCGGACGGCGUCCUUGGGCGGCCAGUGGAGUUUGAGAUCGAUGGGUCGCAGGCCGGCUCGGGCAACCUGGAGAUCCUGGUGAACGGCGGGCGAGUCACGUCGGCCGUCCGGGCCCUCGGCAACCAGCGGUUCAUCGCCAGCUUCACGCCGCACGAGUCUGGCGUGCACACGGUCCAGAUCACCUUCAACGAGGAAACGGUGCCCGGUUCACCUUGGAAUAUCAACAUAAUGUCGUCACCGGGGCUGACGGCUCUCGGUGAGUCCACGCGGCUGGUGCCGGCCAACCUGCCGGCGGUUUUUGAGGUGCUGCCGCCUCCGGGCGCGUCGAUCAGAGGUAGCGAUUGCGUGGCGACGGUCCUGUCGCCGAGCAAGGCGAAAGUCUCUGCGCGCGUCACGCACGAGUCGUCCAACGGUGCGCUGCGCAUCGAGUUCGUCCCGUCGGAGGUCGGCACCCACAUCGUCGAGGCUUCGAUCGGCGGCACCACGCUUAUCGGUGGCCCGCUCAUCGCCAAGGUCUACGACUCGAGCCUGAUCCAGGUGACCGACGUGAAUGGUGGCGUCGUCGGCCAACCGUGCCAGUUCCGGGUGGACGCGAGCGCGGCCGGCGAGGGUCAGCUGGAGAUCUCGAUCAAUGAGGGCGAAGUCCCGAACCACGUGCAGGUCGUUGGCGGGGGCCGCUGCCUCGUCUCGUUCACGCCCGAACAAGCCAAACCGCACCUGAUCGACAUCAAGUUUAACGGCGAAACCGUGAUCGGUUGUCCGUUCGUAUGCUCCGUCGCCGACACGAGCCGCGUCCUGCUGAACCUGUCCAAUCUCGAACUCAUCCCGGUCAGCCGGCCGGCCUCGUUCCACAUCACCGUCAGUGGCGGUGGAGCGGCCGAACUGGCGGUCAGUGUGCGAGGGCCGCAAGGCGAGCUACCGGUCCGCGUGACCGGGGACAUUCACGCCGGAUUUACGGCCGAAUUCACACCGAAUCACGUCGGAGCGCACACGAUCAACGUGGAGUAUAAUGGAUACCCGGUGCAGGGAACACCGUUCGUGGCCAAAUCGUACGACGCCACGAAGGUGGCGGUCGGAUCCGUCUCCAAGGGCACGGUUGGCCGGCCGGUCCAGUUCACCGUCGAUGCGGGUGAUGCCGGCGAAGGGAACCUGGAGAUUACGAUCUCCGCCAAGGGUCACAACAUCCCGACGCAGGUUCACCCGCAGGGCAACGCCAAAUUCGCCGUCUCGUUCGUACCGGCCGAGCCGUGCGAGCACAUCAUCAACGUGUCGUUCAACAAAAUGCUUGUCCCCGGCUGCCCGAUCACCGUCACCAUCAAUGGCGGGACCACCGGGCCGCAGGUGUCACUCGGAGGUCCCGGACCGCUCCAUAUGCCCAACUCGCUGGUCAUCAACCACGCCGGCGGCCGUCUGGAGGACAUCGAAGUGAAUGUCGAAGGCCCUUCCGGUCACUCGGUGCCGGCGCAGGUUUUACAGACGGCCGACGGGGUGUUUAAGGCCGAGUUUGUGCCGCGAGUCGUCGGCGAGCAUCGGGUCAGCGUUACCGUCGAGGGACAGCCGACCGUGGGCAGUCCGUACUCUGCGAAGGUCUACGAUGUGACGGCGAUCAAGGUGAAGAACGUCAACAACGGGACCGUCGGUAAGCCGGUCGUGUUUCUUGUCGAAACAUCGCAAGCCGGACCGGGCAACCUGGAGGUAACGGUCAAUGGGGGGCGCGUGCCGACCUCCGCCCAGGCGCAGGGCCAGCACACGUACGCGAUCAGCUUCACGCCCCGCGAGGCACAGAACCACACGGUGGAGCUGCGCUUCAACGGUCAAGACGUCCCGGGGAGUCCGUUCACCUGUAAGGUAUCUCCAGCGGCCCGGAUCGUCAGCGGUGAGCUUACCGAUAAGGUCAGCGUUGGCCAUGCCUUCGACUUUGUCGUCGAGUCGGACAUUGCGCCCGUCGUGGAGGUCCUGGGUCCUGCCCGGCGCCCCGUACGGGCCGAUGUCGUCCCGGGGUCAACCGCCACCGGUAAUUCCACCAGCAGCACCGGUGGGUAUCGGGUAAAGUUCGAGCCGGUGGAGGUUGGAGACCACUCGGUCGAGGUGCGACUUCCCGGCAGUGGACACGUCGAAGGUAGUCCGUUCCUGCUGAAGGCUUACUCCGCCGAGAAGGUCGUCGUGACGGACAUCCGGCCGGGCGUGGUCGGGAAGAGUGUCAGCUUCGGAAUCAACGCAAGUCAGGCGGGUGCUGGCAAUCUGGAGAUUAUCGUCGCCGUCGGCGGGAAGAAUGUGCCGAACUUUGUGCAGUCGGAGGGUAACGCCCGGUUCAAGGUGAACUUUAAACCAACGGAGGCCGCGACUCACUCGCUGUCGGUACGCUUCAAUGGCUAUCCGGUUCCGGGGUCUCCGUUCGCGUGUCACGUCACGCACGCUCCGGUCUCACUGUCGAAGGCGCUGGCCAGUGGGGAGUGUCUGCGGCAAGCCCCGGUCAAGUGCGAGAACGUGUUCGAGCUCGAGGGCUUCGACGGGAUCGACCCGCAGGUGCUGAUCACGUCACCGGCCGGCGACACCGUGUCCUGCCGAGUGGCGUACCGCGACGAGCUGCACCUGGUGUCGUUCGUUCCGACGUCCGUCGGACGCCACCUGAUCAGCGUGACGGCCAACGAGCAGCACAUCGCCGGUUCUCCGUUCUCCUGCAACGUGUUCGACGUAUCCCGGGUGUCGAUCGCCGGGCUUGACCCGCGCACGACGAUGGCCGCGCUCGGCGUUCCGCUGACGUUCAGCGUGGAUGCGGCCGGAGCGGGCGAAGGAACACUGGAGCUGGUCGUAUCGACCGCCACCAGCACGGUGAAGGCCGAGGUGACGGCUUGCGCCCGCGGCCUGUACGACGUCACGUUCAUCCCGCAGAGCUGCGAGCCACACUUUGUGAACAUCACCUUCAACGACCUGCCGGUCGAGGGAUCGCCGUUCCGGUGCGAGGUCCAGCAACACACCCAGCACGUUCAGGCCGGCAACUCGACGUUCAUCGAGCUGGUAGCGGACGAGCAGACGGUCGAGAUCUUCGACCCGGACAACAAGCUCGUCCCGUUUACCGUUUCGCGCAAGGCGGCCGAGUUCCGGGCGGCCAAGAUUGGCCAGUAUGUGGUGCGGUACAUUGACCAAGAGACGCGCGCCUUCAUCGCCGCCCGCACCAUCAACGUUUUCGACCCGUCGAUGGUGAAGAUCGUCGAGGUGGGCGAAGCGUACUGCCACAAGCCGGCCUCGCUCGUCGUCUCGACGAACGAUGCCGGCCAGGGAACGCUCACGUCGAUGGUGCGCUGCGGGGGCCUCGAGGUACCACACUCGAUCCGGGGCACCGCCAACAGUGGGCUCUGGGAGAUCGUGUACCACCCGACGCGGGUCGCGCCGCACAAGAUCAUGAUCCUGUACAAUCAGGUGCCGAUCGCGAACAAGGCCAUCGAGAUCAGCGUGCUGGCUCCGGCCAUGACCAAGGAGAUCACGGUGAACGGGCUGGGGCUGUAUCAGGCGCGGGUUGGCAAGACCACCUCGUUCGCCCUCGAUACGGUCGGCCAUCCGGCCCGGGAGUUCGACGUGGUGGUGUCGGGCCCCGGCGGUCAAGCGCUGCCCGUGCGCUGCUACCAGACCAAGGGCGGCCACCUGCAGGCGGAGUUCACCGUGCAGAAGGUGGGCCAAUGUUUGAUUGACGUGCUUCACCAAUCGAAAGCAUUGAUGGGUAGCCCGUUUACCUGCGAGUCGUACGACCCGGCCAAGAUCCAGCUCCAGAAGGUGCCCAAGAUGAAUCUCUGCACCAACUCGCCAAUCUCCUGGAUAGUACAAUCGGAGUCGGCGGGUGUGGCAGAGAUCGAAGUGACGGUGGUGUCUCCGACCGGCCAGAAUGUGCCGGUGAAGUUGACACAACAGGACGAUUACGUGCACGCGAUCGAGUUUGUGCCGCUGGCGGCCGGUCACUACAAAGCGUCGAUCAUGUACGGAGGCGAGAGUGUCCCCGGGUCGCCGCUUACCUUCGCCGUGCCGUCGGCGGCUGGUGGCAAGGCGGAUGCAAGCCACGCGUCCGGCAAUGGGUUGGAGGUGGCGCACCGCGGAAAAGAGACCUCCUUCGUUGUGUUCUGCCCGACCGCACCGAACGUGCAGAUCGAGCGGACGGACGAGCAAGCGGAACGGAUCGAACCACGGAUCAAGGGACUGGGCAACAACCAGUGGCGGGUUUACUACACCAUCCUCACCGUCGGUCGGUACGAGAUACGGGCGAGCUGCACCAAUCGCGGCCCACUGCCCGGCUCACCCUGGGCCAUCUGUUGCCUGGACCCGGCCAAAGUUACUCCGAUCGGAGGCUGGGGAUCGCUGCUGGACGGCGCCGGCAAGCUGGUGCUGCCGAGCCGGAUCGUGUUCGACACGGCUUCGGCUGGGCCGGGCGAGCUAACGUGCUACGUGGACGGUGCGGAGGUGACGGUGGAGAAGCAGACCGGCCACGGCGGUCGCAGCGUACUAUUUCUGGGCGACGACGAGCUGGCGAAGGGUGAGCACAGCUUCGAUCUGACCUGGUCCGGGUUGCCGGUCUCGCAGAGCCCCGGCUUCGUGUACGUCACUGGGCUAUCGGUGGGCGCGGACAAGGUGGUGCUGACGGGGCGCGGCCUUACGACAGCCCAGGUGGACGAGGUGUCGCACUUCACGAUCGACGCCACGGAAGCGCUCUCCGGGAAGCCGGAGGUGCACAUGACGUACGAGGAUGGCGAGCCGCUUCCGGUGACGCUGCUGCAGCCCCGCCCAAACGAGCUCAUCUGGCUGGCCUCGUACAACCCGCACAAGUCGUCCGGCGGACCGCUCAGUCUGGACGUGGAGUGGAACGGGCGCACCAUCAAGGGUUGUCCGCUUACGAUCCCCGUCGGCCCGGCAGUGGACGCCGCCAAGGUUCUCUGUUCCGGCGAAGGCCUCCGCAACGGGGUCGUCGGGCGGGAGAUCAAGUCCUGGAUUGACACGCGACGGGCUGGCCCCGGCGAGCUAACCGCGCACUGUGCCGGGCCCCGGAAGGUGCCGGCCUACUGCGAGCUGUACGAUCAUGGCGAUGCGACAUUCACACUCAACGUCAAACCGCAGGAACCGGGACGUCACACACUGACGAUCAAGUAUGGCGGCCAGCACGUGCCCGGUUCGCCGUACACGUUGCGCGUGGCCGGCGCUCCAGAUGCGAGCAAAGUGCGCGUUUACGGACCCGGCAUCGAGCACGGCGUCCUGGCCACGUUCCAGUCGCGCUUCAUCGUGGACACGCGAGGCGCCGGUGCCGGACAGCUGACGGUGCGGGUGCGCGGACCGAAGGGCGCUUUCCGCGUCGAGAUGCAGCGCGAAAGUCAAAAGGAUCGCACCAUCCUGUGCAAGUACGAUCCCACCGAGCCGGGCGACUACCGGGUGGAGGUGAAGUGGGCCGGCGAGCUGGUGCCCGGCUCCCCGUUCCCGGUGCUCAUCUUCGACACGCAGGAGGAGCUGAAACGAUUUCUUCACGGCAACUGAAACACCGCCGCCGGGCGCUUGAACACGCGCCGCGACACCGAUAGAGUAACCGAGGCCCUGCGGGGCUAUUCCUUUUCCCGCCUCCCCCCGGCGAGGACGCUUGUGGCGCCCUCCCGCAGCCGAUGUUGUUUAUUUUAAUGUUUUAAGUUUACCCGCCUUCUUUUUACAACGAGCAUCGCAUUAGGCAAACGA